CCUUUUAUUUAACACUCAAAUAUGGUCCGGGGCCGUUUGGGGAGAAUACAUCAACAGGAGUAGAACACAAAGAGCGGCACACUUCAACGCACAAAGAAGCAAGCAGCUUUUUUUUCCCCCCUCCUUCAGCUGAAGGCUUGUUUGCUUAUGGGUGCAGGGCACAGAGCGGGCCGGAGGGACCGAGGGAGGGGAGGUUAGCACAUCCAAGGCCGAUGCAGAAGCAGGAGGUGUCCGGGUGACAGUGGGGAUGGGAGGAGGAGGGGGGGUACACGGGCGGAUCUUUUGUGAGGGCCUCGAGUUAAUCACUUCAGCGGCACACGUCGCUUCUGAGGGUGCACAUGUUGUACACUUACUCCCCCCCCGGGGAGCGGUGGUGGAGCAGGAGGGGGUGUAAAGAGGGAGGUCCCAAAAACAAACACACACACACACACACACACACACACACACACACACACACAGAAAAUACCAUUUACAUGUCAGUUAUAAUGCAAAGCCAACCCCACCCCUCAACUGCACAUUAUCGGACCCCGUUGGCCUAGAAGCGUUUUUGGUGUUCUGAUACGGGUCUGUGCGUGGGUGAAAGGGCUGGGCGUCCUCAUGCAGGACUGGACAGAUCACUCGUGGGAGGCCUGGUUAGAGGUGCAUGCUUAAUGAACUUCUCUGGGGUGGUCAUGAGCUGAGUCAAUCCUUCAUUUGCCCGACGGGAACAUGGGAAGCGUCAGCAGCCUCAUCACCAACGACGAACUCAACAGUAAACACUGCAAGGCGUCAGAGUUGAGGUUGAAAAACAGAACGAAUCAGCCUCGACGCAAUGGCGGUUGCAGCCUUGAUGACUUACUCAAGUGUAGCUUCACUCAGGCUUCCUCCUCUUCGCCCGCCCACCUCCCUAAAGGCCUCUCGCACUCCCGUUCGGGACGAAGCGAGGACUUUUUCUACAUAAAGGUGAGCCAUAAAUCGAGGUCAGCCUACCACAGAGGAGGCUCAACAGAAGACUACAUCGGCGGACGGAACGGACAGGAGAAAUCUGACGAGCGACCCAAACUAAUGUCAGGGACUGAUGGGACUACCGCUGAGAAGUCGCUGGUCCGAUCCACUGCAUACAAGCCUUUAAGUCCCAGGAGCGUAUCCUCUACAGAAGCACAGCGCAACAGCCUGGACCGCAUCCUCAGCCAAGUGGACAAAUCAAAGAAUCCCGACAUCCGACACAAGCCAGACACAUCCUCCGGGAAUCUGUCAGACUCUGGUCACAACUCCAUGUCAAGCCUCCCCACCCACAGCACCAGUGGAAGCCUAAGUGCUUGCACAGGCCCCGUCAGUCACAACGAUGGCAGCUCCGCUAUCGCCAACUGUCUCCUCAAGGGAGCUCAGCCCAAUUUGUCCCCCUGGGUGAACAGCGGGGGUCGAGACGGUGGCUACGGGGCUAGUUUGAGCCCCGGGGGCUUGUCAUCAAAGGCUCAAAGCGACGGUGGCUCCCCGCUAUCUUCACAUCGGCCGAAACGUCUCUCUGAAACCGCGGGAGGGAGUCGGUCCCCUCUGACAACAGAUGAGUCACUCAUCGAAACGUUGGAACAAAGACUACUGGAGAGAGAGAACGAACUGCAAGAGUUACAGGUCAGCUAUGAGGUGAAGGAAGCGGCCACCUACAAGUUCUUGGAGGAAAAACAAAAGUAUUGCACGGACGAAAUGCAUGAGUUGAACCACCGAUGCUCCGCGUCGUUGCAACAAGCCUCGCAGAUGGCCGCCAACAGCCGCCAAGCACUGCAGCUGCAUGUCAGCCAACUCCAGGCAGAAAACGAGAAACUCAAGGAGGAGAUCGCCACGCUAAACCGAGAGAGGGAUCUCAUCGAGCGAAGACUGAGCGCCUACGAGGAGGAGAACACGCAACUCGCUCCGACGCUCGAGGAAACUCAGUGGGAGGUGUGCCAGAAAGCAGGCGAGAUCUCCCUUCUAAAGCAGCAGCUGCGAGACAGCCAGGAGGACGUCAGCCACAAGCUCAAUGAAAUAGUCGGCCUCAGGGCACAGCUGAAAGAAAUCACAGCCAAGGCGGAGAUGCUCAAGGAAGAGAACAAAGACGGCGGCGACAGGCUACGCUCCCGCACCAUCCAAGUGAAGGUGUGCCAAAAUGAACUCCAGCGCAAGAAGAAUGAAGCUGAUCUGCUGAGAGAAAAAGUGGGCCAACUGGAGAAAGACUUUGAUGAAAAGGCCCUAGACCAGAAGCCGCAUCAGCGCACUUCACACCCUGAGCCGUGCGUCCAAAAUCAAGCCGCAGAGCAAGUCACCACCGUCUACAAGCCAAAAGAGGAGCCUGAGGGCCAAACGUCCACAGAACUCCUCCACAAAGAAGUGGAGAGACUCAAGCGGCAGCUCGGCGAGGAAAAGGCGGCUCAGGAGAGACUGGCAAUCACUUUUGACCAGGAGAGACGUACGUGGAACAAGGAGAAGGACAAGGUCAUCAAGUAUCAGAAGCAGCUCCAGAUCAACUACCUGCAGGUGCACAAGAAGAACCAGGACCUGGAGCGACUCAUGAAGGAGCUGAAUGCUGAACUGGAGGCUCGGGCGGGGCUGGCCCUGGAUCUCAAGUAUAGCUCAGGUCUGCAGACCUACGAUGAUGUCAUCGCCACUGAGAUAUGACUGCCUGCUGCCACGUGUACUUUUUUUUUAAAUUAAAAAAAAAAUUAUUUUACACUAAAGCCUUCACAGCAGACACUGGAGGCCAUUGCCAUUGCUCAUUAUUGUUAUUGUAGCGCUUAACUUUUUUUUUUUUUGGGUGACAUUUAAUUAAACCAAUCAAAAUAUCAAAUUAUAUAAUUUAGUUUUGCAUGAUAUUAAUUUAUUGAAGGUUAAAGUAAUUUUUGAAUGCUAUUUUUUUUUGUACUUUACAGGUCCUUUGAUGUUGAGUUGACGAAAUGAUGAUUCCAACGCAAAUUAUUAUGAAAGUUGCUAAACAUUUGUCUCCACAAGCAUGAAAACUAAUAAAGCAAUAUCAACUGCAU